CAGCCAUAUAAUGGUAUUAAAACUAUUGCAAUAAAGUGUAUUAAGGAAAAUCUCUGUUUAACCACAACCAAGUCCACAAAAACAUUCAUUUCAUAUGAAUAUCAUAUGAGUACUGAAAAUAAACCUGAGUGAGACAAACCAAAGUUCAAAGUUGACAGUCCAAUAGGAUAUUUUCAGUUUCUCAACAUUUCGAAUUAACAAGUACUUAAUUUAGAGAUAGGGAAUUAUGGCUUUAAAGGGCAUCCGUGUGCUCGAGAUGGCAGGAUUAGCCCCCGCACCAUUUUGUGGGAUGAUACUUUCAGAUUUUGGUGCUUCUGUUAUCAGAGUUGACAGAAACGGUGGCAACUCUCUGUUAUCGGCGGAUAAAAUGGCUCGCGGAAAACGCUCCAUCUCGGUUAAUUUAAAAGAUAAAAAAGGACAAAAAAUUGUCCAACGACUCGCAGCUACAGCAGAUGUUUUAAUAGAACCUUUCCGCCCAGGUGUGAUGGAGAAACUCAACUUGGGGCCAGAGAAGCUAAUGUCACAAAACCCUAGUUUGAUAUACGCCAGGCUUUCUGGUUAUGGUCAAACUGGACCAUUCAUCAAGAAAGCAGGUCAUGAUAUCAAUUAUGUAGCUAUGUCUGGAAUGCUAUCAAUGCUCGGAAGAAAGGACCAGAAUCCAACGCCCCCCAUAAAUCUGGUUGCAGAUUUUGCCGGAGGGGGUUUGACUUGCGCUUUUGGGAUUCUCAUUAGCUUAUUUGAGCGAACAAAAUCUGGUCAAGGACAGAUUGUAGACACGAGUAUGGUAGAAGGGUCUGCGUACGUCAGCUCUUUCAUUUUCAAAACUCAGGAGCUUCCCAUUUGGGGCAGACCUCGAGGACAAAACUGGUUGGACACUGGAGCUCACUUUUACGACACUUAUAAAACAAAAGAUGGGAAAUGGAUGGCUGUGGGGGCGCUUGAACCACAAUUUUAUCAUAAAUUUAUGGAAGGGCUUCUUGGCCAUUCCGAUAGUGAUAAAUUUAUCGACCAAUUUGCUGAUUUUGAAGAAGGAAAAGCACAAAUUAGUAAAAUAUUUUUGACAAAAACUCGUGCAGAAUGGGAGACAAUCUUUGAUGAGUUUGAUGCGUGUGUUACUCCUGUUCUUGAAAUGGAGGAGGCACCAUGUCACGCCCUAAAUAAGGAGCGAGAAGCUUUUGUUCAAAAUGAGGAAAAUGGACGAUGGGAACCCCAACCCGCUCCGAAGCUGUCCAGAACACCUGGAACUGUGUCAUGUUGCAAGGAUCCAGAAGUUGGAGAACAUAGCAUUGAAGUGCUCGAGGAAAUGGGGCUCAAGAUGGAGGAAAUACAAAAACUUAUUCAAAGUGGAUCUGUCGGAGUUUCUGCAAAUGCUGCAAAGCUUUAAGAAAAUAAUGACAUGUUAUAAAAUAUUUAGGUUACAUAUGAAACAUGCGACCCAAUUAUUUUUCGAACGGAAUUUCCCAACAACAAAUCAAUCAACCCACACGUGUAACAUUCCAGUAGAAACAAUAAGAGAUGAAUCAAAUGUCAAUUUGUUCAAAUUCAUAUUUAUGUUGCUGAACUCGCUAAGUGAAAAAUUUUGUCAAUAAAGCCAAGAAUGUAAUAUUA